AUGGGCUGCGGCGGCAGCAGGACGGACGCUCUGGAGCCUCGCUACCUGGAGAGCUGGACCAAAGAGACGGAGUCAACGUGGCUGACCAGCACCGACACCGACAUCCCCCUGUCGUCCAUCCAGAGCAUCCCCUCUGAGAACUCCGAGGCCGGCUUUGCUUCUGAGAAAACAAUCAGCCCGGUUCCAGAUUUCUUUGAUGACGGCCUCCCUCCUCCUGCUCAGGCGUACCUGAAGGUCUGCUCCGCCGUGUCGGAAGUCAGUCUGAAUGAUGUGAAACCCAGCAGCCCUCCUGCCAUCCUGCCAUCGCCGCCCAAAGAGGAGGUGCUGCCUUCGUCUGGCACCACGGUGCAGCGGCGGAGCGUUCUGCACACUGAAGAAAUCACAAAAUGGCAGGACAAUCGGAUGUCCACAAAGCAGGUGACCAUCACGGUGACGCAGAGCAUCCAUCAGAUGGACAAGAACGGGAAGGUGAAGAAGUCACUCACCACCUACGAGGUGAUGAAACCUGUGGAGAGUCUGAAACAGGUGGCCACACAAAACACUUGA